AUGGAGAAGCCGUUCAAGCAAAUUUGGAGAGAGCUGACCAAAAAAGGCUGGAAAUCCAGACGGCUGAAGGGAUUGAGCGUCGAGUACACCUACGUACCACCCGAGGGAGAUGCAAAGGGCGUUGAAGGUGUCGACUACUUCGUUGGAGCCGGAUUGGUGACUAAUCAUGAAGCGACUAUUGCUACUUCUACGGUAGCCCCCCCUCCCCCAGGCCCAGACAAACCAACUGCUGCCGAGAAUGAUAUCGCUAAUUCCGGGAAGACCUCAAAUGGCAAACGGAAGGCUAGCUCGACAGGAAGCAAUGCAUCGAGCAAGCGGCGCCGGACUGGUAUGUAA